AAUAAAUACAAACGCUUAAAGUGAAAAAAACUAAAAUAAAUAGAAAACAUUCACACUAAAAGGAAAACAUAGCAAUUCUAGAAUAAAUAAUGGCGUCCAAUAGUGUUUAAAAAAAAAAUAAAAAGAAAAUAAACAAGAAAGCCGCAGAACCAAAACAAUCGCAAAUACCCUCAAAACAAUAAGGAAGAACACCACCAUGUCCAUGGCGUUAUGCAAUUUAAAUGGCGACGGCAGCCCGGCGUCGCAGGCGCAGUCGGCAGCACAGCCCGCCACGCAGUCGUCCGCGACAGCGGCUGCCCAGACGCUAGCCCACUCCCACUCUCACACGCUGACGCAGGAGAGCAUUCUGGACGCCAGUAGCGCCACAACGCCGCUGCUUUUGGGCCACGAGCAGGGCGGUAGCAGCAGCAGUGCAGCUGGCGUAGCCGAAAGCAGCGGCGGUGGCGGCGACGUCGUUGAUGGAACGGUAACUGCCAUUGAAAUGCCAGCCUUGACUGCUUCUGCCGGCGAGCCAUUGCCUCUGCCGAUGGCACUGCCGCUGCCACUGCCUUUAACGCAGACGCAGUUGCAGCCGCAGUCGCAGCCAGCGCCACCGCCGCCCCUGCUAAUGGCUCUGCCGGCCAACCUCAAUUUUGUAACGGGACCGACGACGCAGCCGCUGCAGCAGCAGCAGAUUAUGAUUGCCAACGGCGCAGUCGCAACUUCGACCAAUGACAACAAUAACAACAACAACAACAAUGUGGACAAUACUAGUGAUGACUCGAACCCGGUCACCAUUUACAGGUGCCGGGCUCCCAUUGCGUCACUCGACUGUAUGGAGGAGUUCAGUGGUCGCUCGAUCAGCCUGGGCUCCAAUCCAGCGCUGCCACUCCGGCACGGCUCCACCCCGACCCCGGGCCUUCGGUACAAGAACCUCGGGAAGAGCGGCCUCCGGAUCUCGAAUGUCGGCCUGGGCACUUGGCCGGUCUUCUCGCCGGGCGUGAGCGACGACCAGGCGGAGGCCAUCCUCAAGCUGGCCAUCGAGAGCGGCAUCAACCUGUUCGACAUCUCGGAGGCCCACUCCGAGACCGAGAUCGGCAAGAUCCUGCAGCGGGCGGGGUGGAAGCGGACCGCCUAUGUCAUCACCACAAAGGUCUACUGGAGCACCAAGUCGGAGGAGCGAGGUCUGUCGCGAAAACACAUCAUCGAGUGCGUGCGAGCCAGCCUGCAGAGGUUGCAGUUGCAAUACAUCGACAUCGUGAUCAUCCACAAGGCGGAUCCCAUGUGUCCCAUGGAGGAGGUGGUGCGAGCCAUGAGCUACGUGAUACAACAGGGCUGGGCCAUGUACUGGGGCACUGCCAGGUGGAGUCAGGUGGAGAUCAUGGAGGCGUACACCAACUGCCGGCAAUUCAAUUGCAUCACCCCGAUCGUGGAACAGUCCGAGUACCAUAUGUUCUGUCGGGAGAAGUGCGAACUGUAUCUGCCGGAGAUGUACAACAAAAUUGGAGUGGGCCUGAUGGCCUGGGGUCCCCUGUCCAUGGCCCUAAGCGACACCCAGAACGGGGACAAGCUCUUUCUGCCCAAGGGCUCGUUCAAAACGAAGAGCUUCUCCUGGACGGAGGACGAAAUCAAUCGAAAUGCUGCCCUCUCUCCCCAGGGAAGUUGGGGCAAGGACAGGAUCGAGGAGGGUCGUCGUCACUGCGAUCGACUCCGGGACUUGGCCGCUCUGGCCGAGAAGCUGGGCUGCAGUCCCACCCAGCUCUCCAUCGCCUGGUCACUCAAGCACGAGCCCGUCCAAUGCCUCCUGCUUGGUGCCACCUCGGCGGAGCAACUGCACCAGAGCCUGCAGUCCCUUCAGCUCCUUCCACGGCUGUCGUCCAGCGUGAUGUUGGAACUGGAGCGGAUUCUGGAGAACAAGCCGGUGCGGCCGCCGAUGAUAUCGACGCUGGCGCUGCGGUGACAAUCAGCGUGCCCGCAGGGACCGCUCAGCCUGAGCGGCGGCGGACCCUGCGGCGCCGACUCGCCGAAGCACGAGGAUGAGGCGUUCAUCGAGGAGGUGGACGCGGCCAAGGACGCUGCCAAGCAGGGAUUCUGCCUCAUCCAGUGACGAAAGGAGUCCUUAGAUAACGAUAAUAAAUUUUUGAAAGUGAUUAGCAGUAAAACUAGCCUAAGUAGCAAUACCAUGACGACAACAAUAAGCAGGCAGGAUCAGCAACUCCAACAGCAUCAGCCCCUUCAGGCCAUCACCAGUUCCAGUGAAGUUGUGGGCGUCGCAGCAGGAGUGGCCGGUGGUGUCCUGGCCGAGUCCUGGCAGUUCGACAGCCUAAACAACAACAACGGUCAGACCACUCAGGAUCAGGACGAGCCACAAAAACGUCGAUCUCUGCUCAAUUUUAAGUCCCUCGACUUUCAUCUCAAAUCCCUUUACACAGGACUCCGCGGCAGCAAUAAUAGUCAGCCCGCGAAUAGCUCCGCUCCGGCAGUGGAUCAGCCGCAGCGCCGCAUGCCCUACUUGCGGGUGGAGAGUGUUGAUCCGGAGGCGGAAGUUGCCGCCGAAGGACGCCCCAACGCUGGACACUCGCCCAGCUUCCUAUCACCCUACACUGGAGCGGUUGCAGGCGCUGUCAGCCUCCAGUUGCCGUCAGCCGAUGCGGCCACCAUCCGACGGUCCUCUACCUCGGACAUUGUAAACUGCCGACGGGGUGGAGGGGCAGCCGGAUCCGGGGCCGGCGGUGGGGGCGGCCCGGACUCGCGGCGGCCAAGCACUUCGGAUCUCCUGCGGAGGGCCAGAGAGCGGAAGGGGAGCGAGGCCAGGAUGGGCAGAAGUGUGUCGCACAGUGGCUUGACCCGGGGCGGGGCCUUUGGUGGAGGCGGGGGCUUAGGAGGCCGUCGUACCAGCAUGGCCUUCUAAAGCAAAAAAAAAAAAUCGAUAAAAGUUGGAAAAGUAAAAAAUACUACAUUUUUUCAGGGGGCCUUUAAAAAAUAAGGAAGAAGGGGAUCCGAAAGUGCUCGAAAAAACAAUUCUAAAAACUAAAAAAAAACGUAAUGGUGUAGUUAAAAAAAAAACUGUUGAUCAAAUCUGAAUCAGAAAAAUCGGCUGACAAAAUGGCGCUUAUGAAUUUUUAUCUAGUAAACGUAAAAAAAACGUUAAAACUUAAAACAAAAUAGAAAAAGAACAAAAAAAAAAAACAGCAGCUGGUAAGAAAUGACUUUUUUUGUGAAUCUAUCAUUAUGAUUAUUAUGUAUUUAUGGUUACUACGAUUAUGCCUCGAAACUCGAAACUAAAGUUAGUAGAUAAAUGAAUUAAUGAUAAUUAAUGAAAUUAAAACAAGAGUCAAAGGAAGGAACAUAAAACAUUUCAUCUUCUCAGCUUUCUCUUUCUAUAUCUCUCUCGAGUCCCAGCAAGUAAAAAAAUAAAUACAAAAUAAUAAUAUUUACCCCCUUGUGCAUCACAUCGUCCCAACUUUUAUGACAAUAUUAGAACCUAACUAUCGUGUACUAUCGUUAACUAUCGCCUGACAGCUAAAAAGCUCUAAGAAAAAUGAAAGAAUAUCCUGCGUUUUGGCCCAAAAGUUGAAAAAAAAAGAUCGAUUCAUGAUCAUCUUACUGUGAGAGUUCAUAUCAAGCUAAAAUUAAACAAAAAGGGGAAAAAACUAAAUCUAGUUACGUAUUUUUUUUUUAUUUAUCUAUUAGUAGACCUAAAGAAUGUUAAACAAUUAUUAACGAAAUGUUUUCGAGCGGAGAUGGGGACGAUUAGCAAUAAGCGGUCGAUGGUAGCGAUUAACGAUAACGAUAACGCCAAGGGAAAUUCAUCAGAUAAAUAAAUUUUAGCUAAAAAAAAAUUCAACUAAAAUGCAAAAAAAAAAAAACCAAAUCGUAAACAACAAUGAACAAUUCAAAUCAAAUCUUAUUAUAUAGACAUUACUAGACAUUAUAUGUAGUUAAAAAUAAUAAAAAUUCAAGCGAAAUUUUUUUAAAAUCAACAAAAACAAAAUGCCUUUCAUAG